GUUCAUUUUCCAGACACUGAAAGAGCAGAAUGGCUAAAUAAGACUGUCAAACAGAUGUGGCCUUUUAUUUGCCAGUUUAUGGAGAAGUUGUUUCGAGAAACCAUAGAGCCGGCUGUGCGGGGGGCACACCCCCACCUCAGCACCUUCAGCUUCACGAGGGUUGACAUGGGGCAGCAGCCCCUCAGGAUCAACGGUGUUAAAGUGUACACUGAAAACGUGGACAAGAGACAGAUCAUUUUGGACCUUCAGAUUAGUUUUGUAGGAAAUUGUGAGAUUGAUUUGGAGAUCAAGCGGUAUUUUUGUAGAGCUGGUGUGCAGAGUAUACAGAUUCAUGGUACCAUGCGGGUGAUCCUGGAGCCGCUGAUUGGAGACAUGCCCUUGGUGGGAGCUUUGUCGAUCUUCUUCCUCAGGAAGCCACUUUUAGAAAUUAACUGGACAGGACUGACUAAUCUUCUCGACAUCCCUGGGUUGAAUGGCUUGUCAGACACUAUCAUUCUGGACGUCAUAUCGAACUACCUGGUGCUUCCCAAUCGCAUCACGGUUCCUCUGGUCAGCGAGGUGCAGAUCGCACAGCUGCGGUUCCCUAUACCAAAGGGUGUCCUGAGGAUACACUUCAUUGAAGCUCAGGAUCUUCAGGGGAAGGACACUUACCUUAAAGGACUUGUCAAGGGGAAGUCAGACCCCUAUGGAGUUAUUCGGGUGGGCAACCAGAUCUUCCAAAGCAAGGUCAUCAAGGAGAGCCUCAGUCCUAAGUGGAACGAGGUUUACGAGGCUCUGGUCUAUGAGCAUCCCGGACAGGAACUGGAGAUCGAGCUCUUCGAUGAAGACCCGGACAAGGAUGACUUUCUGGGAAGUCUUAUGAUUGACCUUACCGAAGUUGAGAAGGAGCGCCUUUUAGAUGAAUGGUUCCCCCUGGACGAGGUCCCCAGAGGAAAGCUGCAUCUGAAGCUGGAGUGGCUCACGCUGGUGACCAGUGCUGCGGACCUGGACAAGGUGCUGAUGGACAUCAGAGCUGACAAAGACCAGGCCAACGACGGGCUGUCCUCUUCGCUGCUGAUCUUGUACUUGGACUCGGCGAGGAACCUUCCGAGUAUCUACGAGGGAAACUUUGGGUGUGGCUACUUAAAAGAGAGGCGAGCGUCGGGACUAGUGUUUUGUGAAAAUACCGCCUCAGUCUGUAGAGCACUAUUUUCAGGGAAGAAGAUAAACAGCAACCCAAACCCACUUGUCCAGAUGUCGGUCGGUCACAAGGCCCAGGAGAGCAAGAUUCGGUACAAAACCAGUGAACCUGUGUGGGAGGAAAACUUCACUUUCUUCGUUCACAAUCCCAGGCGCCAGGAGCUUGAAGUCGAGGUCAGAGACGAGCAACACCAGUGUUCUCUGGGGAACCUGAGGGUCCCCCUCAGCCAGCUGCUCAGCAGCGAGGACAUGACUAUGAACCAGCGGUUCCAGCUCAGCAACUCAGGCCCCAACAGCUCGCUGAAGAUGAAGCUUGCCCUCAGGGUGCUCCACCUUGAAAAGCAAGGAAGACCUCCAGACCACCAGCACUCAGCUCAAGUAAAGCGACCCUCUGUCUCCAAGGAGGGCAGAAAGGUUUCAGUCAGAUCUCAGACACCCGCAUCCCCAGGCACCGGUGACAGCGGCACCGCCCCGUCUACACCGGUCACUGGGGGCAGUGACAAGCCUGGUGUGGACGAGAGAGCCCAGCCUGCAGAGGCUGGUCCCCUGGAGCCAGGGGACCUGGGCAGAAGCUCCUCCAGCCUGCAGGCCGGCGCCGCCUGCUCCCCUAGCCACGCCUCCGUCAAGGAGCCCACCCCGAGCAUCGCCUCAGACAUCUCGCUGCCCAUCGCCACGCAGGAGCUGCGCCAGAGGCUGCGGCAGCUGGAGAACGGGACGACCCUGGGACAGUCACCCCUGGGGCAGGUCCAGCUGACGGUCCGGCACAGCUCCCAGAGGAACAAGCUGGUGGUGGUCGUGCACUCCUGCAGAAAUCUCAUCGCCUUCUCCGAGGACGGCUCUGACCCCUACGUCCGCCUGUAUCUGUUACCAGACAAGAGGAGGUCGGGAAGGAGGAAAACACACGUGUCCAAGAAAACGCUGAACCCCGUGUUUGACCAGAGCUUCGACUUCAGCGUCUCGUUGCCGGAGGUGCAGAGGAGGACUCUGGACGUCGCAGUGAAGAACAGCGGUGGCUUCCUGUCCAAAGACAAAGGGCUUCUUGGCAAAGUGCUGGUCAGCCUGGCAUCUGAAGAGCUCACCAAAGGCUGGACCCAGUGGUACGACCUCACAGAAGAUGGGACGCGGCCACACGUGGUGCCGUAGGCGCUGCCCGGGGAGCCCUCCCGCUGCCCCGCCUCUGUGCCCGGACACGCCUCCCUCGGACGCACCAAUGCUGUUUAUUUUAUAAUUUCGUGUGUUCAGUCACGUGUACCUUAUGGUUUUAUAAAACAUGUUGACAUUUUAGGCGUAUUUAGCCAAUAUUAUCCUUGAAUUUUGUAUGCUUGAUUUACUCCAGUAUUCCCGCCAGGUGUCACGGCUUGCAGCAGGGUGGCAGUUAGCUGCCGUGUGACGUGCAGUGUGUGUGGGUUGCAUCCACUAGGAGGUGCUCUAUGGUGGCCUUGUUGUGUGUAUCGCUGAGGUACUUACGCUGUGUAAAUAGACUCUAUUUUUUAUAGUCUCUACAUGCUGGUUUCAAUUCAGAGGAAAAUAGAUCAAGGAAAUAUAUAUAUUUUUUCUUCUAAAACUUAUUAAAUUCUUAUGACAAAUAAUAAUUUUUGUCUUUGCAGGAAAAAGUUCUCAGUGACCUAUUUUGUGGUGUUUCUUUUUAAAAAGAAAGCCUGAAAGUUUAGUAAAUAUUAGUAUAUUUCUGCCCAUUAUGAAUGAUGAAAGAAUGUAUUCAAAAUAUUUACACUUCCAAAAAUACAAACAUGUAUUAUCAAGAAGUCACUUGAAGUGCUUAUAAGGAAAAAUGUAUAACUGAGUAAUAUAAGAUAUUAAGAGUUGUCAUGGCUCAUAAACCAUAGUGUGCUUAUCUGAAAUUUCUUGCAUAAAAUGAAGUGUCUUAAGUGUAUUUUCAGUUGCUUGUUAUAACUUACUCAUGGGACAGUGCUCAGUACACAGCGACCCUUUCCUGGAAUGUCACUCAGGCAGAUCUUCAAUGGCAGCAGUUAGGCUCUUGUGCAAUUUUCAGUGUUUUCUCAGCCCGCACUGUGUCCCAGAGGCUGGGAGGUGGAUUGGGGUCCGCAGACGGGAAACCAAGUCUGGACGUUGCACGCAGGGUGGGCUCCCCGGGCUGGCACCCGCCCGAGGGGUCUCCGCUCGCGGCUCUGGGCAUCUGUGACCGCCUCCCAGGCUUCCCCACUUGUGCUGCCAGACCUCGGCGCUGGGCCACUGUUUCACAGUUUCCAUUGGGGAAUAUAUUUUUCUUCUUAGAUUAUGAAAAGCAUGCUUUCUGUACUUAAACAGCUGAAGCCUCUGGGAGGGAGGCUCCUUCACAGCAUCCCAGCUGUGCGGGCAGGCCGGGUGACACCAACGACUCCCGAGCAGUGAGGACGCCAGGCCACGAGCAGACGUGGGACAGGCACGCUGGGGCUGCCCGGGCGCGUUGGCUGCCUCACACUGUGCACCAUGGCUGACGUGUCAGGGGCUCUGACCUCGCGGCGCAGGCUCUUGUGCUCUCCUCAGCAGUGAAACUUCACGCUGAAGCUGCUUCCUGUCGUCACAGGAGGACGCUGACGUGCAGGGACGCAGGCUCAUGGAACACGUGAGGCCGGUGUGUUAGCAGCAUGGCAAGGACAUGUACUUCAUAGACCUCGCUCUGCCCGUGGCAUUGAGUUUGUUGGAGAUUUUUUUAAAAUGAGGGUUGCUGAAGGGCUUCUGGUGUAAUUUCUAAAAGAGGAGAAAUACUCUGAAAUGUUAGGAUAGCAGUGAUUUCUGCCAACAUCCUCAGUUUCGGGGCUUUGCAGCCAUGCGUGUCCCCUCUUCAGUGUGUUGUAUUGCUGGAAUGCCUCACUUAGGCAAAUAGGUUCAAAACCCACACAAAGCCAGUGGCAGCAUGAGGCCCACCCUCUGUGGAUGGUGGGGCUGGACAACCCCAGCGGCCGGCUCCAUUCUCUUUGAAAGGGAAGGAGGAGUGGAAAGGGACUAUUCUGUGGUCACUGAAACUCCUCCCACGUAGACUCUGCCUUUACGGCAGACGGGCCAUCACAGGCGACCUCACACACCCGCGGGGCGGCUGAGCAUCCCCGUCAGGCCGGACGCUGGAGGCCCAGGACGUGCAUCGCCAGUGCUCAGUAACUGACUGGUCCGGGAAAGGGAACUUUAACUUCUCUACGUGGAGGGAAAAUUAAGGUAGGCGAGUUUGAACUCAGUUACUGUAUUGCUCAUCCUGUGCCUGAAAGUAGGAAGUCUGAGGUGUUGUUUCAAGUUUCAGGUUAAAACAGAAGCAGCCUUGUAGCUGUAUUUGCCACGAUUUGUCCAUCCUGUGGGAAUUCCGCACACAGACGCUCCUGUCAGGAGGCCAGGCCUCCUUUGCAGACCAGCGUGUGUGCCCACCUGGGGCUGUGCCGGAUGCUGCGGCAGGUGCUGGUACGCGGCCGAAGGUCCUCUCUGCUCAGCUGACAUUACACGACGGCGCAGGGAUUUACUCAGUCAGACUUCCACGUGAGCUCGCUUGUGACUUGUAUCCCCUUUGUCUCUUGAAGUGAGUUUUUAGUGUGAAACCAGAGAAUUUAAAGCAGAUGAGAUGAUAGAAUUUAUGUUUGCUGUUUGUGAAUUCUUUCAUGUUCAGGAGAAGCAGGCCACUGGUAAAGGAACGUCCGAUCACUGGCAUGAGUCUUUAGUUUCUGUCUUCAUUGGCCUGUCCUCGGCCGGCCUCAGACUCUGGGCUUUGAAAACGGGAUUAUUUCCUGGAAGAUACUCACGAGUAGAAAACAGUCUUUUAAAUGCACUCACUUUGUAACUAGCGCCAAGAGAAGUGGAAGUGGGCCUGGUCUGAACAAACGGAGGCGCGGGCCAGGGCGGGUCUAUGUGCGGCCGCCCCUCCCGGCCCCCAGCACCUGGCCCUCUGGGUUUCCUUCUGCGUUGCUGGCCUCUAGGCUCUUCGCUGUCUUCUGACCCCAGACUGUAAGUGUGGAGGAGCGCAGGUUUUGGGUCUGUUUAUUGUUUUGCAUUCUGCUUAAUACCGUUGGCACCUGUGGUUUCCCGUACAGACAGUGCUGCUAAGCUCAGGACCGUCUGCCCCUCUCCUCUGUCCCUCUGCUCUGUGUCCCGUCUGCCUGCCCAGUGCUUCAGCUGGAGACCUAGACCAUCCUGACGCCCCCUCCGUGUGUCUGCACACGCAGACGCCCAGCCCUUUAGUUCUGCGGGCGGUGUACCCCGUCCGCCAGGAGUCCCGGGAGCCCAGUUACCUCCCAGCUCACGCAGCUGGCCCACAUUCUCCACAUGGCGGCCAGAGGGACCUUUUUUAAGUCCAGAUCGAAUGCACCAUCUGCUGUCUCCCGUUGCUCUCAGAACAGAGACCGCUGUGGUCUGGUGUAUUGUGUGUGGCCCUGGGGCCCCGGGGCCUUCCCAGUGGAUCUGCUCCUGUCGGCCCCUCCCCGUCCGUGAUGCCCCGCACAGGACUCACACCUGCCUUCCCCGACCCUGCCCCAUCUGACCUCCCCCUCCCGCCCCGCUACUCACCGCAGGUGGUUUCCUCCACGUUCUGACCGACCCUUCGGUCCAGGUUCAGUCUUCUGUUGGAAGGGCCACGUUGCUCCUGUUUGUCAUGCUUAACACAAGUGUGAUUUAGCCCUGUUUACGGCCGUUUCCCGCCUGGACUGUAGGGCUCCUGGGCAGGGUUAUGUGGGUGUUUCUAAGUCUUUUCUAAUCGUUUACUACUGCUCCUCGCACAUGGUUGGUGGAUAAAUAUCUGUUGGAUAAAGGGUGUAUGAAGUUGGGCAGACCUUAAACAACAGUAAUUUUCCACUUAAAGACAGACGCCCAUGGACAGUUCAUAGUAACAUUGUGAGACAAGGUACAAAGCCAGUUAUCUGAGAAGCCACUGAGGCAGGAAAGUGGGAAGGGAGCCGGGAACCUGUGUUCAGUGUUAAUCUGGAAAUCCUGGACAAUACAAUAUGAAAAGAAAAUGAUUAUGAAUUUUGUGUUGGGCAAGAAGGUCAUUCUCAAAUAUGAGAUUGUCUCCCUGAAAAACCUAAGAAAUUCAUCUGAAAACUUUUGAAUUGAACAAGUAUUGAAUAAAGGGCCAGUCAUAAAAAC